AUGAAUGCUGAAUCACUAGAUGACGAAGCCGGUGAAAUUGGUAAAAAACAUCAAAUAGGACAUUUACGUGUUGAUACACAAGGAAAUACAACAUACAAAGGUUUACCAACGAAUCAACUUGCUGAAGCUCUUCAAUUAGGUAUUCAAUAUAGCGUUGACGGCCUAGAAGGAAAACCAGUACGUGAUGUAUGUUAUCAAGAUUUUCUUACUGUGGACAUAACCGAUUUUCCAAAAUACGGACGAACAACGCCCAAACUCAUCCCACCACAUCGCUUUAAUGACUUUACUAUUUGUUCAUAUGCUCCUGUUGCAUUUCGACACUUCCGAGAAAAAUUUGAUAUUAGACCUGAAGAUUAUUUGUCUAUAAUAUGUAAACCUUUCCAUGAAUUAAAAAAUUUUGGUGCCAGUGGGAGUUUAUAUUAUUUAACAGCAUGUGAUGAAUUUAUUAUAAAGACAAUACAGAAUGAUGAAGCAGCAUUUUUAAAAUCUCUUCUUCCUGGUUAUUAUAUGGACGAAAAUAAAAAUAUUCAUAUAACUGUUAUGAAUAAUUUAAUUCCAUGUCGUAUACCAAUCCACGAAAAAUAUGACCUGAAAGGUUUAACACAUAAACGACGAGCAAAUAAUGAAGAAAAACGGAAGAAAUCUUCAACAUGGAAAGAUUUAGAUUUCAUGGAGCAUCAUCCAAAUGGUUUAACACUUGAUUCAAAAACCUAUAGUGCUCUCGCAAAAACAGUUCAACGUGAUUGUCAGGUAUUGCAGAGCUUUCAUAUCAUGAAUUAUUCGUUUUUGAUCGGCGUUCAUUAUCCCAAUCGAGCUCCAGAUUCACCCAGAAAUAUUUCUGUUGCUGGAGUUGCAUCAAAUCAUAUAUCAACGGCACGAUUAUCACGUACAAUGUACACGACACCAAUGGAUAAUAAUCAAAUUGAAUUUGAAGAACAUAAACCUGAAGAUGAUCGUGUGGCUAAGUAUGCUUAUUAA